AUGUUCCCUUUGACCAACAACCCGAACAAGAGUCAAGCGAUAGUGAAGAUUCUCAACAUGAGAGUUUACUCCGAGGAACUUCUCCUCCACCUUCAUCUACUCAUCUGGACUAGGUUGAGGAAAUGUAGCUUCUUUGAAUGGAAGGAUGAAGAACAGGAAGACGGGUACUACAAAAACCUGCUAUAUUCUCUGAAGCAGAAACUGGAUGCCAAAGAUGAAAUGUCUGAGAUGAACAAAUUGAGGAGAAGGAUUGUUGAAGUGGUGUUUCUGUUGUCACAGGAGCAGUAUAAGGUGGCAAAGAGUGAGAAAGAAGUUCAUGAUGCAAGGAAGGCAAUAGGCAGGUACAGGAUGAUAGUUGCCUUGUUGUUUGCUUGCUUGGCCCUAUGUGUUUUGAAGUUAGGGGGUCAAUGUAGUUAG